UUGAAAGAACAAACUAUAAUAAUUUUAUAAUUAAAAAUUAAACAGACAAAAACUAAUUAAAUACUUUAGAGCUUAUAAUUCAUACAAAUAGUUCUUUAACAUUAAUUAAAUCAACAAACAAGUAAGUAUCGCUAAAUAGACAAGAGCAAAAACGAAAGGAAGGAGUAGAGAAUCAGUCUUUAAUAAUACGAAGAAUAAAUGUUUGGAAGCUAUUUUACAAAUCACAAAGUAAUAAGCUCCAACAGUAAUGGAAGUCUGUUUGUUUCUAGAAGAUAGAGCAAUACAAAAAAUGAAAUUCCUAAUACUAAAGAGGAUACAUCACGCUACUAUAAUGAUUCAAAACAAAGAAAUACUUCAAGAAAGAAUUCUUAAGAAGUUCGCUCCUCUUACAACAGCUUAACAAUCAGCUAAUAAUAAAUAAAUUAGUAGUAGUAACCAACUUAGGGCAUGCAAACAGCUAUUAUGAAUAUCUAAUAAAAUGAUGAUAAGCAUGAACUUUUGCGCAAUUCUUUUAGCAAUCAAAAAUCUCUAUCAAACAGCUCUAAAUAACUAAACAAUGAAAAUGGGUUCAACUCACCUGCCACUAACGGCGGAAGCUCAAGUUUGUUCUUUUAAAAAACAAAUUUCGAAUCAAAGAUUCUUUAGAAAAAGAUGAAUGAAGGAUAGCUAUUAAGCAUGUAGAAUUAGAAAACAUUCACUGUUGGAAAUUAUAAUGCAGGCACAGCUAGCUAACUAAAUAUAAACAAAUUUAAGAUUAUGUUAGAAUAAAAUAACUCUAUAAGAACAAUUCCAAGUCACUAAAAUCUUUUCAGAAAUGACACUGAUAGAUAUGUUACGGAAAACAGAGAAACUUUAGAUUCGUUUUAAGGUAAUGGAGGAGAUUAAUAAAUUGGAGAAAAAGAAAAUAACAAAUAUUUCUUUUCUUAAUUCACCAAAAAAAAUAAGUAAAUCUCAGAAGGAAUUUAGCAAAAUUUUACUUAAAACAAUAAUUACCAACCAAAUGAUGUAGAAGAUUUUACUAUCUAAAUCAAUUAAAAAAAUUCUGCAAAAAAAUUUACAAAUUAAAUAACUACAACUGCAUCUCAGCAAACUUUAGACUCUGCUAACAAUCUAGAUCACUUAGUUUCACUGCAUUAGUAACAUAAUUAAUCAAAGCCUAAAAAUUUAUAGGAAUUACUGAAAAGUGAAACAGAGAAAGAUAAUAAUCUUAACAAUAAAUCUAUUGGAUCUAGCGAUUUAAACUAGAAGCAUAUGAGUUCUUAGUAGUUAAAUGAUUUUUUUAACUAAAAAAAAUCUCUAUCACCUCGUAAAGUUAUUAAAGAAACAGGAACUAUAUAAUCUCCUAUCUAUAGAUAAUAAAACAGUGAAAGGAAAGCAGUUUUAAAUUCUCCUGAUAUACAGAAUAGUAAAUCACUUGAGAAUGUUUUUAGCUAAAAUUAAUCCAUGCAAAAGAUUAAAAGUUUCCAUUAAAAUUUAUAGCAAUUUACUGCUUAAUAAAAUAAAUCAAAAUAAAACUGUAACGGCAAUGGAAGUUUACAGAGUUCAUUUUAAGUAAAAAAUGAACUUGCUUAAAGCACAAAUAUGGAUGAGAAGCAAGUUUCACAUUACUUUACUAAGGAUUAAGAAACUGUUUUAAAUUCUGGUAAGAAACAACAUUCAUAACACAAUUCUAAUAACUUAGCAGGUUCUAUAGUUAACUUAAAGAAAUCUAAAAAGAAAACAGAAGGUUAGCAAAUGAUUAACAACCUCCACUCGUCUUAAGAACCAGAAAUAUCUCUUUUAAAGAUGGAAAAUAUCAACUUAAAAAAUUAAAAUCAAGUUCUUACUAUGAAAAACGAGACAUUAGAAAAAGAAAAGAAACACUAUAAGAAUAUUUGUAAUAAGAAAUAAUUAGAGAUAGAAUAGCUAAAUGAAUAAAUCACUUCCCUAAGAAGUUAAGUCGAUUAAAUGAAAAUAUAAAUCAAAUUAUCCACUCAUUCAUAAGAAAGUACAUUAUCAUAAAAGCAUCAAACUCAAGUAUUAUAAUCAGCUCACAAUAUGUCGUCACAAGAUACUCCUAGAUAGAUGAAUCAAAAUUCAAAUAAUAAUAAUGUAAACUAUUCUUCCUCCCCUCAUUUCUAAUAAGCCAUGUAAAAUUUUACUCAACAACAAUAAAACUAUGCACUAGCAAAUGGAUAGUAAUACAAUAAUAAUAUCAACUGCUAAUAUAAAUUGAAUCAUCUAUCAAAUUAAAUCCAAUAAAACUGUGUCCAAAAUUAACAGUAAUAAGUUUAAUAGCAAAUAGAUGUUCAAUCGCAACAAUAAAUUUUCUCUUAGCUUUAGCUCUAGCAUUAAGCAAAAUAAUUAUAGUAACAAAAUGUUCAAAAUACUAUAUAAACUUUGAACUAACUACAGUUUAGUUAAACAAAUAAUUACUCUCCUCAAAAGAGUAGCAGCUGUCUGUAGACUAAUAAAAAUAAUGGAUUAUCUCCUAUAGUAAAUUCAGAAGAAAGAAGUGAUUUCGUUUCAAAUUCUAUUUUAGAAGAUAUUCCUACUGCUUAAUCGCACAUUAGAACAAUAAACAGCAGUUUGGUGAUAUAAAAUCUGAAUUUAAAUGAUGAUUUUGAAGUUAUUUAAAAUGAAUAUCUAGCAAAUAAUAAUUUCUAAAUGAGUAACUUGUACAGUAAUACACUUCCUCUCCCAAGUUAAACUAAUUCUAAAUUUUGA